AUGUCUCGCGCAGCAAAAUUUACACUUCUCGGCACAUCCCUCUUCGCCGCCAGCACAAUAGUCUUUGUACAUUAUGGGCAAACAGCUGAGAAAGCCGCAAUGCACGCGGGCGUCAUCCGGGACAUGGAACAACAGCGUAUUAAAAAGGAGCGCCAGUUAGACUUCGACAUCCAGCGAGCGAUGGAAGAGGAAUAUAGGAAGGUGCAGAAUGUCAGUGAUGGAACUGCGAGGUGA